CAGGAACACCAGAUUGCCUUCCCUGGGGGAACAGAAUGCAACCAGGGAUCUAGAGAGCUGUCACAUUCCAAGAAAUAUUUAAAUUGUGCUGAUUUUCUUCUGGAGAACUGAGCACAGGGAAUGAAACUCUCCAUCAAGUCAUAGCUUUGCGGGCAAUAGAUCAGAGGAUAUUGCCAGUUUUCUAAUGGAUUGUUGUUAUCGGGCAGGUUUUCUCUGAAGGGACUGGAGAUCAGCCAGAUCAGUUGUUUGCACAAAGCCGCUUUGGGUCUGUCUUUUCAAACAAAAGCUGCAGAAAAUGUUAUAGCAAGGUUGAAGCUUUAUUCCACUCUGACUCACCCAGAAAGCACAACCCUGAUUUUGCAUGAGAAGGACCAUCUAUGGAACCUAAAACGAGAGAAUGUUUAAAUUUCACCAAGUGAAACAUAUUUUUGAUACACUAGAUAAAAUGCGAUGCCUGAGAAAACGUUCUACGGUCUCAUUCUUGGGAGUUCUUGUCAUUUUCCUUCUGUUUAUGAACUUGUACAUUGAAGAUAGCUAUGUUAUGGAAGGAGACAAACAACUUGUAAGGGAAACAUCUACACAUCAACUGAAUCCAGAACGUUAUGUGCAUACUUUCAAAGAUUUAUCUAAUUUCUCAGGAGCCAUCAAUGUUACCUAUCGCUUCUUAGCUGUCAUGCCUUUACAAAGAAAGCGGUUUCUUACAAUUGGACUUUCAUCAGUGAGACGAAAAAAAGGAAAUUAUUUACUUGAGACAAUCAAGUCAAUUUUUGAGCAAUCCAGCUACGAAGAAUUGAAGGAAAUUUCAGUGGUGGUUCAUCUAGCUGACUUUAAUUCAUCCUGGCGUGAGGUCAUGUUACAGGAUAUUACACAGAAAUUUGCCCACCAUAUUAUUGCAGGAAGAUUAAUGGUUAUACAUGCUCCAGAGGAAUAUUACCCAAUCCUGAGUGGCCUUAAAAGAAAUUACAAUGAUCCAGAAGACAGAGUGAGAUUUCGUUCCAAGCAAAAUGUAGAUUAUGCUUUUUUGCUUAAUUUUUGUGCCAAUAUUUCAGACUAUUAUGUAAUGCUUGAAGAUGAUGUUCGCUGUUCAAAAAAUUUCUUUACUGCCAUCAAGAAAGUCAUUUCAUCCCUAGAAGGAACUUACUGGGUAACCCUUGAGUUCUCUAAGCUUGGCUAUAUUGGAAAACUUUAUCAUUCUCAUGAUCUCCCACGUUUGGCGCAUUUUUUAUUAAUGUUUUAUCAAGAAAUGCCUUGUGAUUGGCUACUGACUCAUUUCCGCAGUCUGUUGGCUCAGAAAAAUGUAAUUCGUUUUAAACCAUCUCUCUUUCAGCACAUGGGUUAUUACUCAUCAUAUAAAGGAACUGAGAAUAAGCUGAAGGAUGAUGAUUUUGAAGAGGAGCCAUUUGAUAUCCCAGAUAACCCUCCUGCAAGUCUUUAUACCAACAUGAGUGUUUUUGAAAAUUAUGAUGCAAGCAAGGCUUAUAGUAGUGUUGAUGAAUACUUUUGGGGAAAAUCACCUUCAACAGGAGAUGUCUUUGUGAUUAUAUUUGAAAAUCCAAUUGUAAUCAAAAGAAUUAAAGUGAAUACUGGAACAGAAGAUCGACAAAAUGACAUUUUGCAUCACGGAGCCCUAGAUGUUGGGGGAGAUAUUAGAUAUUUUAAACAAAAUAGACAAUGUGUUACUUACAUAAGACUAGGGGAAUUCAAAAAUGGCAACUUUGAAGUAUCUGAUGUAAAUCAAAAAAUUCCAUUUGAUAUACAUUGUAUGAGGAUAUAUGUUACCAAAACACAAAAGGAAUGGCUGAUUAUUAGGAGUAUUAGCAUUUGGACUUCUUAGCCAAUUAAAUCAAUAUGUCCAGUUACUGAAGCAGGUCUUCCUGUUUCCUUUUUGGCUACCUUCCUCUUUUACUCCCUUUAUCCUCUGGAGGGAAAAUAAUGGAUCAGAUGUUCAAAAACUCAUUUGGGCAGUUUUGAUUUACACAUCGUCAGCAUACUUUUACUCUAAUACACAUUUACAUUUAUUUUAACUUCUGAAGUUGAGUAUCAGUUCACAGUUAAUGCUACUUUUGUUUAUAUUUUAAUGUUAUCAUAUUACUUUCAAAAUUUCAUCUGAAUGUCAAAAAGUGACAUGAAGGAUUUCAAAUGGGAAAAAUGUAGUUUGUUGGAUGGUGAAUCUUGAAAAAUAGUUGCCACUGUAUGCACUUAGUUAAGAAGUGAUUUCAUUAUAUCAUCAGAUAACUUUUAUUAAGCAUCUCUGUGACUAUGCAGUUGGUUAGAAUGAUAAUGUUUUUUCUUUUCUUGUAAACUUAGGUUUCCAUAGACUUCUGUACAUCUACAAUGAAUACCUCCUUAUAGAAGUGAUGUCUUUACAACAGAAUUUGUGUGUAGGUGGGGUGAUGGAAAGAAAAAAAAAAGACUUAAAAAAUAUCUUCCCCUGAUUAUAUAAAAGGGGACAUUGUUCAAUGUAUAAAACCUUGAACACCUGUUGUCAAUAAAUUUUCUGUGGGAAGCAGUCUUUUUCUAGUUUCCCUUUUGCAAAGAAGUAGUUAUGCUCAAUAUUUUCAGGUUCCAUUGGGUACCUGCAUUUAAUAGAAGAAAUUAAAGAAGGCUUAUAGUUAGUCCAUUCUUAAUGAACAUUUUCAGUAUAUGCAGAAAAUUUUUGAAAUUGAUUUUAUAUGUUUUGUAUUAAAAUUCAUAUGAUUGAAACCAUUGUGAUUUAGCAUAUACUUUUUUGGAGUUCAAAUGGACAUCGUAUGAAGGACAGAAGUAAGAAACAGAAAUCAGUCACUUCUUCUACACACAGAGCUAGUUCAUAGCAAAGCUAGAAUGAGAGAUCAGAUGUUCUGAUAUCCAGACAAUGUUCUUUCCCUUAUGUAGAGAUUAGUCUUCACAUAAUUUAUGCUUUUGGUUCUCUGGUACGUGAGUCUCAGAUAAUAAGCUAUUCUAUCAGAAAUAGCUUGUAUAAUUCUCCUGUAAGUCAUGUUAUCAUUCUGUAAAAUAAUCCUAAAGUGUGCUAAAUGAUGCUCUUGUGGUAUAUGCACCCAAAUGGUAAGCAAACUUGUCAAAAUUUUACCGUGAGGGACUUGACAAUAGCAUCCACACCAUGGGUCCAUUAAAGCAAUUCAGGACACCUUAGUGCAUCCUAAAAUCAUUGUUUUUUCAGAAUGUCCUGAGCUUGUCUCAUCCUUUUACUUUUUGACAAACAGCAAAGGUGAAGGGGUUUAUUACGAAGAGAAAUAAAGAGUACUUCAUGGAUGUUUAUGGAAAGACUCAAAUAUACUAUUAUAUAGACAAAUAUAUAUAUAUAUACAUAUAUAUAUAUAUAUAUAUGGAGAGAGAGCGCAAGAGAGAGAGAUAUUAGACUUGGGAUAAUGAGAAGGAAUAGGAAUUCCUCUUGUUCUUGCUUCCAUCCUGAAACAAAAUCCUUAGGACUCACUGGUAUGAUACAGUCCAAAAAAAGAAUGGAAAGUAUUUUAUUAAUUCUAUUCAAAUCAAUUAAGUUAGAAACUCAGACUUAAAAAUUGGAAAAUAUUUUCUUUUAUUGAUACAAUAGCUACUGUGUAUUUUCUUUGCACCCAGUUGCUAUAGUGUUAGAUAAGAAAACAAUGAACCUAUAAGUAUUAAUAUCCUGUGGCACAUCUAACUUUUAAAGUCCAAAGAAAAGAUGAAUACUGCCACUAAACUAAACUAAACUAAACUAACGGUAAUAACCUUUGCUUUCAUUUGGAGGAUGCUUGCCAGACACCUAAAGAUAUUCUGUUUUCUUGACUUUUCUCACCCACUUUUAUUAACUGGUUAAUCAUAUAUAUAGUAUUCUACGCAUAUCUCAGAAAUCAGCAAUAACUUUUCUGCACUUUCAAUGAUAAAAGGUACACAACAAAGACAUACAAUACCAAGACCUAGGUAGACUCCAUGAGGUGAGUUGUAAACUUUUACAUAUUCUUCUGGGAGUGCUUCCAAAGACCAGCCAUUGACAUCAACUUCUGGAAAAUGCUUCAAGAAAGAUUAUUUAAGGUAACAGUGAAGUUGGAUGCUUGCUGGAGAAUUACAAAUGCUAAUGUGAACCAAAGGGAUCACAUUUCAUCUUAAAUUUGAUCCUUUCAUUACUAAAACUGGGUUUGAGCUGAUCAAUCACCUAAGACGGUCUCUAUGUUUUCUUUACAGGUUGACUGUGGGUCAACUUUCUAAGAAAAGACUUUGACAAAGAAAGCUUCUCCAUUAUGGAUCAGGGGGACAAAUAACCUUUCUCUUAAAAAAAAAAAUCUGACCAAACAUUCUUAUCUUUACAUGGUUCAAUGCUGUAUAUCCUACAUUUUAAAAUUCUGAAUAAGGCUCUAAUAAUCUUGUCUCAGAAACACAAAGCAAAAAA